UUGGCCACCAUGAUCGCGUGAGCGACUGGGCAAGUCAUUUUGCUGCCAGCCAUGCCGCGUCCCUCACAACCCAGCACUAUGGUUGUCCUGGCGCUGCUGGCCCUCGCCACUGGAGCGCUGGCUAAGGAUGACUCGGAGUUCGCAGCGGAGCUGGUGCCUGCGGUGGUGGGAGUGGCAGGUUACGACGACUACCCCUACAUCACGUACGACGCCGAAACCGGCAAUGCCACCGGCUUCCUGGCCCCACUCCUGGAACAGCUGUGCACCAAUGCGCGGCUGGAGUGCGAGAUCGCGCCGGUGCCCGCCCUGAAGGACAUGAUCCCCUGGGUGCAAAACGGCACCGUCGAUUUCAUCAUCCACACCUUGUCCCUCACCGAGGAGCGUGCCAAGCUGGUAGAUUUUGUGCACCCCGCAUUUUACAGCGCUGGAGUGGCGCUGUACACCACACCCACGCAGGGCGGCUUGCUAGCGGCUGCUGGCGGGUGGGAGGGUGUGUCCGGGGAGCCCAUCUGCUUUGUGGCUGGCUACUAUGCAACCGGGGCGCUGGUGGAGCAGUACGGCGUGGUGCCUGUGGAGAUGGAGUCGGUGCCAGCGGCGGUACAGGGCGUGAGCGACGGCAAGUGCGUGGCAGCAGCCUACGACACAGGCCAGCCUGCGCUGGGGCUGCCGGAGGCGGCAGGCGUCACCCCCGCCAUGAAUGCGCCAUAUGCCAUCCCUGUGGCCAAGGGCAAUGAUGGCCUGCGCAGGCGGCUGUCCGCAGCAACCGUGGAGCUCAUGAUGGACGGCAACAACAGCCCGCUGCUGGAGUGGGAGCAGGAGUACUUGACCGAUAAGGGCGUUCUGUCCAAUGCAAACCUGGCCUCAGUGGUGCAGGCAGUUUCUUACUUUGAGUGAACUUACUGUGAGUGAAAUGAAUGAGCAAAA